CAUAUUACGAGUCCCUCGUAAAAUGUUUUAAUUAAUAGUUGGUCUCAUAAUGUAAAACGAUGUUUUUAAAGGGAUUAGUGUAAAAAGGAAACGAAGUGAACAGAAAUGUCCUUAGUCACUGCACAUUUUGGGAGCGCAUUUGGAGAAAGGAGGAGGAGAUGCGGUUAGGGAGUAGGCUAAUCCAACCACCGGGUAAAAAAGGGCAGUUUUAGAUGGCUCAUAUUCCGCUGUUACUGUAUUGCACCGUGACACCAGCUUUGAGCAGCGACCGAGCACCAAACCAGGCGCACCCACAGCAUCUGUACCAACACUGCUUCAGGGGCACUUCUUCUUUCUGCAAGACUGGAUGGAAGAAAGCGCACGGCCAGUGGGAAAGUACUCUCAGCCGCACACAUUUACAGGGAAUCGAUUAUGUGAUGACCGUGAGAUUCCACAAGUAAAAUGCGCAACUCUUUGGAUUGUCCUAUUUUUUCUAUUACUUUUUUUUUGUGUCUGCCCAGUUGUGUUUCCUUAUUCAUUGUGCGCCCUAUGAAGAGCAUUAACUAUCCCUCCCUCCAAUCCUAUUGAAAAGGCUCCGAAAAAAAACAGAGGGAGAUGAGAGCAGCAAAUCCCUUUUUUAUUCCCCUCGUAGCGCUCAAUAAGAGAAGAAUGUGUUGCCUAUCAGUCACCGAGGGGAUCAAGUCUUCGGGACUGUCCCACGCGUUCAAUGCGCCGUGCAGAGCAUCACUGAGAGAGACAGAGUGAAGAGGACUGCAGCAGCAGCAGCAUCCUGCCUGGACACUUCACAUCAUUUAGCAACUUGUCUCCACUCAAGAUCCAUUUAAGUCAAUUAGGGCGGUCUGCUUCUCUCACCAUCAAAGUCCUCUUACCGGACUGUGUCGUGACACGAUGAGGAGUCUGGCGCUGCUGUUAGGGGUGAAAGCCGCCUGCAUGUUGCUGGUGUCUUCGCUCUCAGGCACAGGGGCCGUCAACAACAGCGGCCGGUGGUGGGGAAUUGUCAACGUGGCCUCCUCAUCCAACCUCCUCACCAAUUCCAAAAAUGUGCAGUUGGUCCUGGACCCAAGCCUGGCCCUACUGAGUCGUCGCCAGCGCCGGCUGAUUCGGCAGAAUCCUGGCAUCUUGCACGCCAUUGCCGCUGGGCUGCACACUGCCAUAAAGGAGUGCAAGUGGCAGUUCCGCAACCGCCGCUGGAACUGCCCGACCACCCACAGCCCGGCAGUUUUUGGGAAAAUUGUCAAUCGUGGUUGCCGAGAGACAGCGUUUGUAUUUGCCCUUACCAGCGCAGGGGUGACCCACGCUGUGGCUCGCUCCUGUUCAGAAGGGGCCAUUGAGUCGUGCACAUGCGAUUACCGCCGCAGAGGUCCUGGAGGGCCAGACUGGCACUGGGGCGGCUGCAGUGACAAUGUAGACUUUGGCCGGAUGUUCAGCCGUGAGUUUGUGGACUCCAGCGAGAAGGGCAGAGAUCUGCGCUACCUCACCAACCUACACAACAAUGAGGCUGGCAGAAUGAUUGUGUCAUCAGAGAUGCGUCAAGAGUGUAAGUGCCAUGGCAUGUCGGGCUCCUGCACCGUGCGCACCUGUUGGAUGCGCCUGCCCAGCUUCCGCACAGUGGGAGACUUCCUUAAGGACCGUUUUGAUGGUGCGUCCAGAGUUGUUUAUGCCAACAAGGGAAGCAACCGUGCCUCUCACAGAGCAGACCCCCGACAUCUGGAGCCUGAAAACCCGGGUCACAAACCACCAUCUGCCAUGGACCUGGUCUAUUUUGAGAAAUCACCAAACUUCUGCUCUUACAAUGGCAAAACAGGCACUUUGGGAACUUCUGGCAGAACAUGCAACAGCUCCUCCCCAGGCCUGGACGGAUGUGAGCUGCUCUGCUGUGGACGUGGGUUUAAGACCUGGACUGAGAGUGUGACUGAACGUUGCCACUGCACCUUCCACUGGUGCUGUCAUGUCAGCUGCUUGAACUGCACCAGUACACGAACGUUACACCAGUGUCUAUGAUCACAGGUGGAGUCCAAGUAUAUAUAUUGAGGCAUAUAUGAAAGGCAAAGAACUUCUUAGCAGAGCAGGUAGUUGGCUGAGAAAGCCCAUAGCACACAGGUGGUUUGAGAUAUUAGGUAGAAGCUAGAAAAGCUUCAAGUGAUACAGGGAACUCUCUG